UAAUGAAGAAUUUAUUUAUAAUUGGAUGCCUAUUGUAGCUCAUCAAUUCAGUUUCAAUAGGAGUUGAAGGUGGCUCAGUCAAAUGUUUCUUUUUUGAUGGAUUUGAUGGAUAAAUAGUGAAAGUGCCUUAUGUUGUAACAGGAAUAAAUGAAGAAAAUGUUUUUGUGGAAGUAUAUAUAAAUAUGUAUUAGUUAUUUGAAACAAUAUUAGAAAACAAUAUUGAAUAUAACAAAACCUUAGAAUCUUAAGAAGGGAAAAGAGAAGGAUAAUUAAAACAUAUUGUUUAAGGAAAAAAAGAAAUUUAUUUAUGCUUUUAAUCUAAUGAUAGUUACUAUAAAAUAUUUAGCUUUGAUAUAGAUAUUAGUGGAGUAGAUAAGAACUUUGCUGAUAAAAGUAUUAUAAAUAUUUGAAUAUAGAUUAAUUGGAUGAGACUGAGGGAUCAUUAAAAUAAGUAUUAUCGAAGAUGCAUAAAGUUUAUAGAAAUCAACACUUUUAAAUUGAUAGAGAGAAUUAUCAUGAGAAAUGUAUAUAAUUCAUUAAAAAUAUAUUAGUGAUGGAAAGUACUGAAAAUUAAGUAAAAUGGUGUGCUUUAUGUAAAAUAGUAGUAUUAAUGAGCGUGUGUUUAAUAUAAAUAUAUAUGCUAACUAAUUUCUUUAAGGAUAAGAGCUUUGGUCCCAGUGUUUGAGU